UUCAAGCGGGCUGGCUAUUGCGGUAGAUCGGGACCGCACCUGCAUCCUCCAGGAUCUGCGAUUCGGGGGUGGGGGGACCCGAUAUCUACGCUAUAGGGGAAAAUAAGCCAUACAAUGAAGAAGCGCUAUGUGGACGGCAGCAGGUUACGGAAAAUGAAAAAGAGUAAAAUCAGCGAGAGGAUCUCCGAAAGUGCUUAUACCUUCCUGAAGUUUAUGGUGGUGUGGAUCUUGGUUCUCCUGGUUGAUUUUAUCCUGGAGUUUCGCUUUGAGUACCUGUGGCCUUGCUGGCUCUUCUUCGGAAGUGUCUACACCACCUUCCACUGCCAUGGCCUGGUGAUCUGCGUGGUCUUUGUUUCGGCCGCCUUCACUCUCGACGUCUUCUGCUUGAUUUUCGUUCCCCUUCACUGGCUGUUUUUCGCUGCCAGCACAUAUGUAUUAUUCAACUACAUAUGGCAUACAGAGAAGGGGCUGUGUGUGUCCACAGUAUCCCUGUGGAUCCUGCUCAUGUACACGGAAACAUCACUCAGGUUUAAAGACGUCAAGAACUCCCACGUCAACCUCUCACACCUGUUUGCGGCUCACUGCAUCGGCUACCCCGUCGUCUAUCUGGGGUUUGACGCCACCUGUUACUUCACCAGCGUUUUCAAGCUGCGCUCGCGCAAGGCCGUCCAGAGUGAGAAUGACUUUCACAUGCAGCUGCUGUUCCAGUCUCUGCCUCCUGGACUCCAGCUGUACCCCAAGUGUCUGGCGGACUCCAAAGAAAACUCCAAGUGGAAAAUUAAACCGGAGUGCACACAGUACCAGUGUUCGAACGUUGCAGUUUCUUCUGAAGACAAGUACAUAGUGGACUGUCUCCAAAUUGAUGGUGUGGAGAGGAGUGGUAAGGACCUGGAGGACACCAGGCUGGGCUGUCCUCUCUCCCAGCCUCUGGAUCCGAAAGGUUCUGAGACUGAUAUUCGUGAAGAUCCCCCAGGUCAGGAGCAGGAGCCUGACCCUCAGGGGGCUUCCAGCAGCAUGGCGCCUCAGGAAGAGCCAGGAAACAGAGGCCCAAAGACCUGCAAGGCGUCCUCACCCAAAGUGCGCAGGGUGCCAUCCAACAGCACUGCUCCUUGCCUUCGAGGGGACAGGAAGCCAAAGAGCUGCAAGGCCACCAGCCCCAGCCGAGACAUAACUGAGAGGAACAUCCCCAGCAACCAGAGCAGCUGCUUAGAGCAAAUUACUAAGCUGGAGCAGGAGAUGCGCCGGCUGAAGGGAGAACUGCAGACGAGCAAGCAGGCCGAGGUGGAGCUACGGAGCCACAUGUGCAACCUCACUAACAGCGAGAGGAGUCUGCGGCCAGAAGUGUCACUUCUCCGGCAGGCAAACGAUUCGCUGCAGAACAAGAUCCUGUGGCUAAUGAAGACAAAGCAGAAGGACAAGCAGACCAGCACGUUGCUGGAGAAGAAAGUGAAAGUGGAAAUGGAGUCCCGCAUCGCCGCUGAGAAACAGCUGGCAGAGCUUCAUUCGCGAAAGCUGGAAGAAGCUCCAACCUCACCUCACGGGGGUCUGCUCUCAGCCAGCAGGCAGGAACAAACAGAGACCCUGUUGUUAAAAAGAAAAGCUAAAGAUCUAGAAACAGAAUUCAGACAACUUCAGCUGGAGUGUCAAGGGAAAGAGAGUCAAAUAAUAGCUCUAGAAAAUGAAGUGGAGCUCCUCCACAAAUACGAAAGCGUGGAGCAUGAAGCUGAGAUGUUGCUCUCGGCGCUGACGGCCAUGCAGGACAAGACCCAGCAUCUGGAGUACAACCUAAGUGCCGAAACCAGGAUCAAGCUGGACCUCUUCUCUGCGCUGGGAGAUGUUCGCAGACAGCUCGAAAUCGCCCAAGGAAGAAUAAUCAAGCAGGAUCAGGAGAUCGGUGAGAUGAAAAAGAAGAUCGCAGAGGUCAUGGCAGUAAUGCCCAGCAUAACCUACACGGCCCCGUACCCUAUAGUGCCACAUCUCACCAAGUUCCUGAGCUCUGAGGACUGUGUGCUGGAUCGCACGGCACUAAUGUACCAGUGUCUUAAGAAGUAGGAGUGCUAUGUUCUACAGAACCAAACAGAAUCCUCUCUGAGUACAAACCCAGAACUUACCGUCUGGAGUCGGUUUGAAUGAACGCUUCAUUCUCCGGUCCCGAGUAUGGACACGGAGCCCCGCCCCGCUGGCAAUGUAACUGUGAGCCGGCCGAGCUCGUUAACCUUCUGUAAGAUCUCACCUUCUUCAACGUGGUUUACACUCCUUCACAAAUGUGCACUGAGGACAGUUAAGCUUCUCCGGAUUUUAUUUAAGCCAUCAGUGAACAAACUCUGCCGUCAUGGAUACUGGGCAGUGAUGGAUAGAGGUGUCACUCGGACGUGAUCGUUUAUCAUUGGUCGUUCAGUAAGUCGUUGAUAUAUAUUUUAAAUAUGAAUAAGGAAUGCUUUUAAAUAUAUGUCAAAAUAUGUGGUAAAUUAAAAGAUAUUGUAAAAUGAUUAAUGAAUACAUUUACUUAUUGCUGUUGUGUAGAGUGUUAUCUAUAGCCUCAUAUGCUGUGAGUGCUUCAGUAAUCAGUUUCUCGCAGUGUACUGAAAGGACCAGGUAUAAGACUACAGGAUUUGAGAUUUUAUCAUUAUAAGAGUAAUAUUUAAAUGUAUCAUUUAAUUAUUUAACUUCGAGAGAAUUUUCAUUGCAGGUAGAAGUGCAGUACUGAGUCUGGGAUGGUAACCAGAAAACCUCAAUCAUUUAUACGACAUCCACGAAAUCACACAAAAAUAGCAAUAAAUGUCGCUUUCAAUUAAAAGGACAUAUUUUGACAUAUAUGUUCAGAGAUCCUUAGGGUUAUGUUCACACGUUACUGAUGUUUAAUGUCCUGCUGUAACUGAUCUUGACUCCUGCUUGAUGUCUAACCUGUCAGCCCAAGUUCAACAGGUUCAGCAAAUGAGAGAUAAACGGUGGAGAUAAACGGAGGGUUUCAUCAUUACUACGUAUUACGAUCCGUAAACACGAAACUUUUACCGUUGCAGUUAUUUUUAAACACAGGUUUUUCAGUAAUCAAACUUGAGGAUUAACUUUCAGAUUCACACAACAGGAAUCUAGCUGAGCUUUCAGAAAAAAAGCUAUCGUUUUUGCAAAUACAGUUUUUUUUUUCCAAAUUGUCAAUUCCAGUCUGAUUUUUCAGAAUAGUUCUGCAGAUCCUAAAUAGGACCAUAGACACUAUGUAAUGUAUACAAUUUAUCCUUAUUUAUGCAAAUGCUCUACACUGUUUUUUAGGGUUUAAAUGAAUUCUUUGCUCUUGAGCGGCGAGGAGCCCACCACCCAGUGGGAGCACAUCACUGACAGAAAUCGGGGUAAAACGCGCAGGCGGGGGCCGCUGAAUUAUUCAUGAGCUGUGUGCUUUUUCACUUUGCCAGAUCUGAUUACAGGUGUGGAAACGGCGAUGGCAUGUGUGCGGUAUCAGACGCCCGUCUGAGUCACAGGUGAUCUUCGCGUGUCACUUCAGGCUAAAUCCACCAGGUGUCUUUGUCACCGUACACCGUGGAAGCCGGGUGACAGAUUUGGGUCAUAUGACUUCUAGGGCUGAAUAAAUUGCCGUAAAGAUUGUGUUUGUUCUGCAAACAAGCCCCUCCCCCGUAGCUAUUUUUCAGAUAUCUGUUACUCAGAUGCCAUUUCCAUAAUACCUGUAGAUACUUAUUAUUUCCACAAUUUUCUGUGCAGGGAAUGAUAUUAUAAACAGCCUAAGCUACAGAAAAUUGAAAACAGAAACACAAAAGGUUACACUUUAGAGCAGAAUACACCUCAUAUUGUAAUCUGCAAUGCAUUGUGGGAUAUACUUACAUUAUUUGCUUUUUUACAUUUGAGGUUUAUUUUUCAUUUUCAUUGGCUCUUCGUACGGUGGCUUUCCAGGAGCCUGAGAGCACUAAUCAGCAGCUGCCCUAUUGCUGUUUAGAAACAACACUGAAGAUAUUGACCAUCAGCAGGCUUUACUAUGAGCAGUGGUUCAACGCGGGGUCUUUAUUAAGGUCUUUUUUGCUGUUUUUAAUUUUUCCUGCUGCCAUCUGGGCAAAAUUAUAUAAUUCUUUUCAGUGAAUAAGGUUAGUUUCUUACAUUACAAAUCAGCUUGUUUGUAAGCAGCAGCUUCAGUUCUAUCCAAAUCGGUUUCUUAAGCUCACUUUAGAUUUCCCAGCUAUUCAUUUCCAGUUUAGACUAAAUCUUUGGUCUGUGAUCUAGCAGUAUUAUCUCGUUUAGGAUGUAAGACUUCACAAGUAAAACGGUUCUUCAAAGGCUUAGACUUAACCAAGAUUUGAUCAAGACAAGGUAACAAUAAGAUAAAAUGUAAAAGCUGGCUUUUCAACAACCUACAUGGGGCAUGCUACAUUUCACUAUGCCGAAUGAUCGAUUUUGACAUUGUUUCUGCACUAAAACAAACAAUUAACCUUACUUUGAAGAGUCAAGAUCAAUUCUAUAUAAACUUUACUUUUGAUGUUAUGUCAUUUUCGUCUCUCUGUUGAUUUGUAAUCUGUUUGGCACUUUGUUUACAUUUUCAUGUGUGUAUUAUGUACUGUUUUUGUGAUUAUUGGUGUACAGUAUUUACACUGAAUGAGGAAGGUUGUGUUCGAGUGUCCAGGCAAACCGGACCUACAAGAAAUGAUUCUCAAAAUGUACACAUGUUUUAGUGUGAUUAAGUGCUGAUGCUCUGUCUAUGCUUUAUGGAGACUGUAGUUCAGUCUUUGGCCAUAUUUUAAAUGUAGGCUCUGAGUUAUCUGGUUUAAUUCAAAAGAUGUGGCCUUUAAACUAGGACAAUGAAACUGAAAUCUUAACACCUCCUUCACAAGCAUGAUGUGUCAAAAAGACAUAUAGAGAAAAUGUUUCACACUCCAAAUGUAAAUUAGAAUAGCUAAACAAUGCGGCAGUAUACUUUCUAAACAGAUAAGGAGUCCUAUUUGUCAGAUUUGUAUUACAACUAUCGCUUUCUGAGAAUUCUGGUUUCCACGGCCAGUGUCCCAAAAGCAGACAUGUCACAGAUCCGACUCGCCUGUAAGCAAGACCACAAUGCUUUCUUCAAAAGACCCCUUGGUACCAAAAUCACAUAAGUCAACUAUCAGUGCAGGCAGACUACAGAAAAACCCGGACACCUGGUGACGGGUCAGGUCCGUCCUGCGAUUGCCCACAUACUGAGUAAUUGCGCUCGCAUGCCACAUCGCAUGUCAUUCAGUCUGCUGAGGUGCAGGUCUGCCGCAUGGACUGAUCCCCGACUUACAUCUACUGUUCCUACUGUCUCCCUGACAUUUUUAAAUCUCAUUCUCUAAAUCUCAGAAGUUUAAAUAAAGAGACCAGAGCUGUCCUUUGAAGAAGGCCCCUGCCAUGGGUGAAAUUUCAGCAUUUCACUGAAAUGAAUUUUGAUGUAUAACAAAGUUUUUUGGUUACAUGCUAAAAUUUCAUACACUUGUGCCUAUAAUAUUUCAUUUGGAAACUCCACUUAUACACACACACACACACAAAAAAUUAUGUAAUUAACUUUGAAUCAAGGUACACAAUGUUUUUCAGUCUUUUUUAAAUGGAUGUAAUGUACUUUGUAGAAAUUAGAAUAGCUGUGAUCAGACCUUGGAGUUGUUUGUAAAAAAAAAAAAAAAAAAACAAUUUAUACUUUUUAUGAAAUGGUCUCCGUUGUUUUUGUAAUUCUUUUCCAUCAGUGUUUUAUGGGAAGGAGGUAUUUUUACGGCUUAAUGUGCAUUUUUACAAUGCUUUGGAUUAGUUUUCACUUUGUCCAUGUUAUUGUCUGCACGAAAAAAAAAAUGCAUUCCAGGAUAUUUUUUAAUUUCAACAGCUCACCUGUGAAUGAGACUUUUUAAAUGCAGGAUGUAAACAUCAACACAAGGGCUCAUUACUUGUUCUUAUUUUCCCUGCAUACCUAGUGAGCAAGAAAAUAAAGUUUUCAGUGGUCUCUUCUUA